UUGUCGGCAUAAUUUUUUUGACCCUUAUUGCUUCUGUUAUUUUUUUUGGACCAAAUUUCGUGCUGUAAUCUUUUAACAAUAUUAAAACAAUAAUAUAAAUAAAAUGGCCAUUUCAUAUAGCUGUCAAGAUUUUCUAGGCUUCCAAGAUGCCAUCAAGAAGAUGCGUGAUAUGGAUGAUAAAAUUAUUUAUGCCCUAAACACAUCACUGCCUACCGAAUCAUUCAAAGGUCAGGUGGAUAAAGAGAAGACCUGUAAGGAUUUAUAUGCUAAAUUACAAGACGGCCACAAGCAACGUGAGGAAGCCAUACGCAGUUGUAUAAUGUUAUCGGCCGAAUCUUUGAAGAGUCUAAGGGAAAAACGUGAGUCCCAGCCGGAUGAUUAUGAGGUGGACAAGAAAUUUAAGUCGGAGCAAAGAAAGCUGCGUGUUUUGCAAUCGGAAUUGAAUGUGGAGGAUAUUGUUAAAGAGCGUUCCUACAAGGCUUUCAAUGAACGUUGUCGGUUAUAUUUUAGAGCUGGUUCCUCAGCUUUAUGAGACUUUAUGGCAGAGAUUAUUGGGUUUGUUAUCGAAAUCCAUCUAAUAUUUCUUUUACAAUGGUUCAAACCUCUACAGCUAGUAAUUUUUUCAUGGUUUUUGUCCUAAGUACAAUUUUGAACUUUAUAAUGUUUGCAUUUUAAUUUGCUUAUGUAAUUUUUUUUAAAAGCAAUUCAAUACAGUUGUUCAUUUUGUUUUAUUAUAAACAUAAGUUUAAAAAAAUGUUAUUGUUACUAUUAUAGAUUUGUCAGCGUAAAUAAAUAGUACGGUUUUUUAUUGAGAAGAAGAA